AUAAACCCCCCGCCGGAGUGAAUCGGAGGGGAGAGGCGACUCGCGAGAGGAGAGAGGUAGCUGCCGUCUCGUCCAGCCGGAAAAUGGGUAGAAGCGACGACUCGAUAAGCCGGCGCAAGGUCAAGAAGAGCAGAAAGAAGCAGGAGAAGCAAGGCGAGUCCUCAUCCAAGGUCUCCAAUCGAGUUGCUGCCCUUAUUGCCGCCAAGAAGCGACGCCAUUCCGGAAAACGCCGAAUGUGUCAGGGUAUGUGCUUCAGCCUUCCAACUCCUGAGGAUCCCUUCAAUGAAAGACAGGUGAAGUCAGAACCGACAAGGAAAAGAAAGAGAGAUUUGAAAGUAACUAAGAAACUUGUGGAUAAGAAAUCUAGUAGGUUAAAGAAUGAGCCUAUAAAUGAUGCUAACACACCUGAAGAUCUUCAAGAGAAACCCAUAAAUGACAGCACACCUGAAGAUCUUCAAGAGCAGAAGUUUGAGAAAGUCAAAUUUGGGAAAUUAAUAUUUUCCUCUUUUAGAUUUCCGGGGCCUGAGAUUGCGAUCAAUCUGGGAAAAUCAUAUCACAAUCAGACUCUCAAGUGGGAUGGGUCCAACUAUUCUCUGAUAGAUCGUAGUUCUGAGAGCAACAAGAACUACACUAACCCUUCGAUGUUUCUGAGUAAAUGCUUUGCUUCUAUCGAAGAUGGUUUGCAAAAUGGCGGAGCAUUAAAUGAUCAAGGGGAAAAACCAAUCUAUACCAGUGAGUGGGGAAUUGACUUCUGGGAUUCCUAUUGCGUGGGAAAAGAUGUACUGGAAACAGAUGAAGCUAAUUCCACAACAGAGCAAAUUGCUUGGAUAGCAGUAACUGCUGCUGAUACCAUAUCAAUGAAGAAGAAAGAAGGCUUAUCUCUUAGUCGUCCUUUUCUUUUAUACCUAGUGCCAUCACAAGAAAAAGCUUCUGAGGUACGCCAGGUUUGCAAGCCUUUGAAAAAACUUGGAAUACACACAGUGAGUUUGCAUCCAGGUGCCUCCAUUGAUCAUCAAAUUAAUGGUUUGAAGAGCUGUGAACCAGAGUUUCUUGUUGCAACCCCUGUGAGACUUUUGGAGCUUCUUUCAUUGAAGGCUGUCGAUGUAUCUGGAGUCUCUGUAUUGGUUAUUGAUGGACUAAAAGCCCCUUUUGAAGGAAGUUACUUUAAUGCAGUCAAAUCCGUAAGGCAAUCCCUCUCCGACAAUAUUCGAAUAGCAGCUUUUUCCGACUGCAUGACUAGUUCAAAGGCUUCUAAGGUGGAUAAGUCGCUGUAGCUAUUGGUACAAUGGAAGUGCAAGUAUCUAACCUGUGAUAAGAGUUGUUAUAGGGCAGUGAACAAGACUUUACCUCCAGCGACCGGAUUAUUCUCGGCACAUAGUAUACAGGUCGAUCUCUCAACUCAACUUUUGUGUAACUGCAGUUUGAACUUGGUAGAUAUUUGAGUUGUGUUUUGUUUUGUAGACAUGCAUCUUAUGAUAUGCUAUUUUUGAACUUAGCUUGGGUGCUUAUGCUAAAUUCUUGUGGAAUUUUGAGUAAGUUGGGAAUGGUAAAGUGGCAUGAACAACUAGGACAAAGUUAUUUUGGAGUUU